AUGAACACCAACUCGACGGUCAGCCAGGAUACCACGUUCCCGAUCAAUUAUGAAGAGGAUGAAAACGACGAAGAGAAUGUUGGCCACGAGGAAGGCGGGGACGGAGAAGUUAAUAACCUCCGGAACAGCCGCGUUAAUGGCGCUGUUAAUCACGGUAUCGGAAAUGACGAGCGCGCAUUGAUGUACGGACCGGACGAGGGCUUCCCCAAGUACGUGGACAACAAGGGCCCCGUACGCAUUAUGGGCGCCACGUUCGAUGCAGCAGAGAAUGAGCACGUGGAGCACGUCGAUUCGAUGUUCUACCCCAACAGCUUAAACCCCUUCAGUUACAACCAGUUCUGCAACUUAGGCAAGAGCUACAGCAGAAGGAGCAGCUCAAAUAAUUCUAUGAACCUGUCUACUAUGAACGAUUUCGAUAACUCCCGAUCAGGUUCCAAUUGCCACAAUAUGGUAAUGCAAAAGCAGGAAAAAAAUAUGAAGCAUUUUGUCGAGAAUGGAAAGAACCCAUACUUAGAACCCACCACCAAUGGGUACACGAACCUUGCACGUAGCGCUAGUUGUAACUGGGAUAUAGUACACUCUAGAAUGAAUCGAAUGAAAAUGAAAAAUGUGCAUCUUCUGAUGGGCGUGAAUGGCAAUGAUGACACGGACAUGGGUGGUAGCAAAGAUAGCCGAAUGGGUCCAAGUGCCCGAAUUGGAAACAGCACGAACAGUAGCAGCGAAUUGGAGCACGUGAACAGAAAUCCUAGCGAGAAGUUCUCCAUGUACGUAACCACUGAACAAGGGGUAUUCCAAAAUGUUAGCUGUAAAAAUGAACAGAUCAACUACUCUGAUAUGCAAAAAGCAAAUGGGGAAGAUAUGGCUGAGUGUAAUCAAGAAGCAGAAUAUAAUCUGAACGAGUCGUAUGAUGUUAGUGUGUACAACGGGGGGAUCAAGAAAGAACAAUUGGAGAAUGACACCAGUUAUGCUAUGUACAACGCUAAGGAUGUGGAUACAAAAAUGAAGAACGACAUGAGCAGCGAGAUCGACACCAACCUUCAGAUGAAUAACUCAGAAAGUUACUCAAACGAAUUAGUGGAUAACGUGCAGAUGAGAAAUGUAGGUAGUUACGAAACUGUGCAUAGUUUUAAUGGGGAUAAUCGGCAUGUCAUAUGCAAGGGCGAAAAUAAUGUUAAGCUGAACGGAGGGAUGCCCAAUUCCAUGGAGCACCUCAGAGAAGUAAGCUACCAGAAGUGUAAAAGCUACAUGAGCAGAACGGGCGCUGCUCAUAUGUAUGACCCUAACGAGGAAAUGAAUAACUCCUGCAAUUGGGCCCCUUACCAUAUGAGAAACGAGGCGUCGAAAAACUCCUACUUUCUGCAUUCAAAUGGGAACCACUUCAGUAAUGACCUUAGCAACGGGAGGAGUUACGAUGGGGGUAAUGCUAAUGGGAUGUCCACGGAGGAAGCUAUCCGUUCAACCGCUUCUGGCCCAGCGGCGGCUGGAGCGGCGUCCGCUUCUCCAACUGUGGUCGCCGUGAUGGAGUAUAGGAACAACAUGAAUUACUUUGAAAAUGUGAAUAAGAGCAUCAUGCGCAGCCAAAACGGUUACGAUUAUAUGAACCACCAACCUGGUGCACAUAACAGCUACAACAACCAGUGGAUACACCGCAUGAGGGGUUACCCAUCUGAGGAAAAAAUACAAGUGCCUAUGAAUCUGAACGGAGGUUACAGCAACAUGAAUGGUAGUAACUACCUAAUGCCGGAUGCGAAUAAUCACCGUAAGAAGUCCAUUGUUCGUGGGUACAGUAGUGUGUACAAUACGAUCAUGUCGGCGAAAAAUGGAGAUGGUACCACUCUUACCAAUGUCAACGGGGUGAGUAACAUGAACAGGGACAACGAUCCAGUUGCUAGAACGUGCGAUAUGAACAACAUGCUCAUGAAGAAUGGACAUGACAGUAGUAACAUCUUCAACGCCAUGGACCCACAGAAUAGCCAAAACGAUCUGAGCACAUUGAAUAGCCUGCUCUCCAUUAAUGCAGACACUCCCCUAAAUCAUCUGAACAUGCUAGUCAUACCUAAGAUUAAGGGAGUCCGUUUUGACAAAUCAGGGAGGAGGUGGGUGGCUAGCUGGAGCCAAAAUGGAAACCAAAAGAGGCAGUACUUUCCUGUAAAGAAAUUUGGCCAGACGCAGGCCAAAUAUAUGGCCAUUUUUGCCAGGAUAAGGGCUGUCAAGUGCAUGCAGAAGAAACCACACGGCCCAGGGGAGAAUAAGAGAAGUCAGUGCAGGAAGAGCGUCAUGAAGGAAAAAACCAAGGCCGAAUCGAACGACGAGAACAAUGAGGAUUACGACGAGAGUAAUGAGAACCAGGAGGAUGUGGAUGGAGAAGGGGAUGAUGAUCGGGAUGUGAAUGGUGACGUGGAUCGUGAUGUCGAUUGCGAGAUGGAUGGCGAUAUGGAUGACGAGAAGGAACUCAUCAACGAGAGGGCCUUCAGCUAUGGAGAGCUCACCUGCGCCGACCAAAACGGGGGAUUCUACAACCAAGGUGUGACGAACCAAGCCCCAAACAAAUCGCGGAACGAAUCUACCCUGAAGAACUACUACGGGUACCCAGAUGGGCCAUGUGGCCUGACGAACAAUGGCAUGCCCAUUAACAACGACAGUGGCACAGGCGAUUUGAGGGUUUGUAAUUUGCAGACGUAUUUACCUGUGAAAUUAUCCGCGAAAAGUGUUGAUGAAGAGCAGGACCAAAUGGGAGAUCAUCAAGAGCGGCAAAGUGUGAAGACAAAAUAUGAACUCAAGGAUGAGCAAGUGAUGUCCUUUCAGGUGCAUGCCGGGGGAGGUGCAAAUGGAGAAUAUCCGAAUGGAGAAUACCCGAAUGGAGAAUACCCGAAUGGAGAAUACCAGAAUGGAGAAUACCAGAAUGGAGAAUACCAGAAUGGAGAUUCCCUCUUCAGUGGCGCCCACCAUGGUGAAGAAAACCCGCACGAGGCGUCUGGAACGGAGAAAAUGCACAAAUUUAAUGAGGAUUGCUACGGGGCGAAUACAAUUAGCGUAGACCCCAGUAGUGGUGAUGAUCCAUUUUGUGAAUAUAAGAUGACGGAAGAGGGGAGACAUGCACCAUCUGGUUUGGACGACGUUACAAGGCGAUGUGGACUGAACGGUGCGACGCGACAUGGUGUACUCGCGGGGGAGUCGUGUCACGAAGGUGGAGAAGCUAACCAUGGGGCGGAUGACAGGCGAGAAGAUGCAACACGAGAAGAUGCCAAGCCAGGGGAGAGUGACCGAGGAAAUUCCCACACUGACGACACGGAUGGACAACAAACGGACGGCGAGGACGCCACUGCAGACGGAGAAACCCCCCAUGGUGAUGAUUCCGAAACGGACGGAGAAUCCCCGAACGAAAUGAAGCAUGCAAUGAAGCAUGUGAUGAAGCGUACAAUGAACCGUGCAAUGAAACAUGACCAUCUCGUAAAGAAACAACAACAAGAGACGCACGAGAAGGAAAAUCAGGUCAUUUUAAUGAACGUAAAUCUGAUCGAAAUGAAAGGAAUAGUCGACAUAGAAAAGGAAAAGAAACACAGCAGCAACGAAGAGAAUCAUAUGAGGAAUCUCAUUCUAGUGGUGGAAAAACUGAAGAGGAAAAAGCUUGAAAUGUAUGGAGAUACAAGUGACCAAUUGGCAUUGAAGUUAACCAAAGAAAUCACAGAAGAGCUGACGAGAAGGUUGAAUGAAAUUAAUGAUCUAAACGAAAAUGAAAAAAUGAUGCUGUUCACGCAAUUAAAGGAAUACUACAUUAGGGAGACGAACCUAAUUUACCAUAGCAACGAGAUCAAACUAGGAAUGCGUAAAAAUGGAAAGAGCGGGGAUACAAAUGGUGAAAAGGAUAACGAUAAGGGACAGCUUCAAAUUGAAGAGGGGGGCGAACCGUGCUGUGGGUCUACCGUGCAAUGUUCUCACAAGGUGAAGAACAGAAAUGACGACGUCCCUACCAUACAGGAAGAGAAAAGGAACGGUUUUAAGAAAAGAAGCAGCAAUGGCAAGUUGAUUUCUUCGAAUAGUAGUGCUGAACCUGAUGAAGAAAUGAGCAAUAGUGGUAGCCCUAGUAACCGUAGCAGUCCUAGUAGCUACGUGAAUUUUAAAGAUGGCACUCAAGUGUAUAGCAAACAUGAUGACGUGGCGGCAGAUGCAGGCUGUGACAGAAACCUGGUAGUCAGUUGCAAGUCUCACAGCCCAUCGGAUGCUGACGCCAAUUGUACACAUUCUUCGAAUCCCCCAUUUGACACCAUCAUCAUGCCGGAGAAAAAAAGUAAGGACGAACAGGACAGUGUCGAAUGUGCAUCCGAUGGUAUGUCGAAUGUAGACAGAUUGAAAAGACAAAAAAGUGAAACAUGUUCGGACGUACUCCCUAAUAUGGACACGUCGACCCACGCGAUCAGGAUAGGAUGUUAUGACCAAUUAGACAGAAAAGGUGGCUUGGGUAACCCCUUGGUUGUGCAAAGUUACGAACAUGAUGACCAUGGGGAUUGUGGUACCGAGUUGGAAAUAAUAAACGAGGAAAUGUACGAGCGGGCAAGUGAGGAGACGCACGAACAGGCAAUCGAGGACACGUAUAAAGAGGCCAUCGAGGAGAAGUAUAAAGAGGCCAUCGAGGAGAAGUAUAAAGAGGCCAUCGAGGAGACGUAUAAAGAGGCCAUCGAGGAGACGUAUAAAGAGGCCAUCGUGGAGGCGCACGAACGGACAGAUGCGUCCACGUUGAAUGAAAACAUAUCGCAUAAUCACAUGAGCAGCUACCAUGAUAGUAAUGAAACCAUGUUCUUCCGUGACGAUGCGGAUGAUGGAAUCUCUGCCGGGGUGGCUACGUGCGAGGGGGAUGAUGCUUCUACUGGUCGAAUCGGUAACCAGGAGGUCUCGGGGAUCUCAGACGAAGUGAACCAAAAUGGAGAGCACACCGAUUGGAGCAGUGAUGAACUGCGGGGUAGCACCUGCACUAGCCGCACGGAUGAACAAACUGGGAUCGAGGAUCCACGAUGUUUCAGGAAUCAUCUGAUCGCGUCGAACAACUAUGAGCAAAGCAAUCCGUUUAGUGGAUCUGGAGACCAUUUUUGA